AUGAGUCCUUUGUUUGGAUUGGGGUGGCUUAUUCUCCUGCUAGCAGUUAUAAACAUAGAGGCUCAAAAGAAGCCUGCUAUAAAUAUCAGCUCAAAAUGUCUGGGGAAUAUCAUGCGUGUAGAUGUUGGCCCACUUGGGGGGAAUCUUCUGGAAGUUGCUGUUGUUUUCAAUAACUCUGCCAUCCCUCUUACACCAAGUUUGGCGUCUCAGCAUGGCUUCAGCAUGAAGACAGAUAAGCUGGGGAACGCCAUGAUUUAUGUCUCCCUUCUAAAUAGUUUUGCUCAAAAUCUGGAAGAUAAAGCAUUCACAACAACCUUAAAUCUUCGACUGUAUGGGAACCGGAUGGGUGAAGACGAGCUCUACCAGGUGUCUGAAACCUGCCAGUACGCUGCCUGGGCCUCCAGGGAAAUUAUCUGUGACCGUAACUAUAUGGAGGUGUCUGUGAAAAGGGCUGCUCCAGAUGAUUAUGCCCUGCCUGAAUAUCCUGUCAAUGGGGCUAAUUCAAAGUUUGGUGAUCCUCGACGAGCUGCUGAGAAACAGCCAAUGGAUACAGGAUUCAGAAUCACAACACUUGUGUUCUUCACUCCUGAGGAGAGGAUGAUGACGGUUUCGGAGGCCCAGAGACAAGGUUACAGAAUAGGAAACACUCCCUCCAGGCUCGUUCUGCGAAGUCCAAAGAUCACACCUGAAACAUAUACUCAAAUGGUAGCAGGAGUGCCGAUGACUGUUUUGACAACUUCAACAAUCUUUGACAAGAAAUGGCUCGCAACCCAAAUCGACAUAGCAGCUUCUUGCCCAGUACUGGAGGGUAGUGUUGCCUUGACUCCAAACACAAUCACCUGGUAUCUGCCCCAGCACAUUGACCCACUGAUUUCCUCCAGCCAGUUUAAACUGUUAGAGGUGCACAUGGGCAUUGAUGGCCAGAGACUUGAUGCUGUGGAGAUGGCUGCCAGACAAUAUGCCGUGACAGUUAAUGACGUGCACAUCAUCGUUGAAAUUCCAAUUGGGGCAGUCGGUGGUUACUCUAAGAGUCAUGUUCAGGAUGAUCAGUACUUCACCUCUUACACGAUCGAGCCAAUGCUCGAAUUACUCUGGACUGAAGACACAAAUCACGAGGACACAAGAUACAAAGUUCUCUUUCCCAUCACAACGCCGUUACUGCCUCAACCUCCACAAGUUGUUGACAACACUUUGCCCGAGGAGCAGAUAUUUAAAGUGAAGAUUGGGCCUUAUGCCUCUGAUGUUACACUAGUGAACAUCACCUUCCCCAGUGAGGUUUUGUCCGUGGGUGACUGCAAUGUCAGAGGCUUUAAUGUCCAGGAGCACAAGUCCCAUAACAGCAGCUUUAAGGUCAUCACACUCCAAGUGCCCUUCACAGACCGUGUCGUCCUACCAAUGAGACGAGGGGGGAUUACGGCCUACUCUCUUCACCUGACCUUUGGCUUGCUGGUCCUGCCAGAGUUUGCUCCAUUUUCUCUCACUACUUAUCUGGAAGCUGAAUUAGUGGACAUAGUUCCUCCUCAAGUCUCUGGUUACUGUGAUCAGGCAAAUUUCUAUGUCCUCGUGCAAUAUGGGACACAAGGUUUCAACUUCCAGACUACAGUGGGAAAACAACAGAUGACUUCAGGUUUGGCUCAGCAGUACGGCUUCAUGGAGAACGGGACCCACUUCAGUUUUGCAGUGCCAUUUACAGCUCCCGAUGUUGUGUUUGAGGCUGUUGAGGCAUCAGUCAUCAGAACCAGACUCGAUGUAGUUCUGAGGAAUCCAGAAACCAACAAAAGGCUCAAACAAUUCUCAAUGGCUUGCAAUUUCCUCUCACCACUGACUGAGUGUUUCCCUAAUGGGACCAUGACGGCUCUGGCUGUCAAACUGGAAUCGGUUGCCAGUCUGAAUCCCAGUCGGCUUACACUCAGAGAUCCCACCUGUGGUCCUUCCUACAGCGAUGACCGCUACGCUUAUUUUGUGUUCACUGGCAGAUCCUGCGGGACAACCAGAAAGUUUUUGCCCAGUAUGAUGAUAUAUGAAAAUGAAAUCUCCCUGCCAGAUGAAUUUGAAGCAAGUAGGAUGAAGACAGAGGAGCCUGAAUAUGAGUUAAAGGUUGCUUGCUACUAUGACAUCAACACAACCCAUGCUGUAUCCUUCCACACCAGACCUCGCAGGAGCGAACCAUAUGCUGAAAAUGCAAAAGGCGAGCUGCAAGUUGCAAUGAGACUUGCUUUGGACGACUCUUACAGCGCAUUUCACGAUGCUGUCGAAGUUCCUAUAGUGAAGUACCUCCAACAGCCACUGCAUUUUGAGGUGGAGCUGAUGCGGUCUACAAACCCUAAAGUCUCACUAGAGCUGCAGAACUGCUGGGCAACACUGAAUAAAGACAGGACAUCUCAACCCAGAUGGAAUCUCAUCAUUAAUGGCUGUGUUAACCCAGUGGAUCCAUACCAGGUGGUCUUCCAUCCUGUCUGGUCAGAUGCCAGAGUACAAUACCCAUCUCACUUCAAGCGCUUUGAGGUCCAGAUGUUUGCCUUUGCUGAAGACCAGGAAAACUUGAGUAGCCAGCUCUUUGUCCACUGUGAUGUAGUGGUCUGUGAUGCCACAAAUCCACUGGGUGGAAUUUGUAAUGGCCAGUGUUCCAAUGCAAAAAAUAGGAUAAAAGGUCAAAGGCGUGCUGUUUCAGAUCAGAGUUUCAAACAUGUAUCAACAGGACCUAUCUUUAUUACCUAA